AAGAGUCGACUCAGUGAGACAGGGGAGAAUUAUGGCCCGGUUGCUCCAGCGCAUUAAACGGCUGCAUCGAUACAACAACACGCACAGACCCAGGCGCUUUGUGUGAGUGUGUAGUACAGGAUCAGUUCAGCUUCACAUCUUCACAUCUUCACCCAGAACCAGGAUUCCUGAUCCACCACACGCCUGUGAGGAGUUAAUACGGAGUUUAGGACGCGUUCAUGGCGGCGGUGAUGAAGAGGAGGAGGAGGAUGACGCAGCGUCCGGAGCUCACAGUCCGGCAAGGACCCUGAACACCGCGGGAUGUUUUCAUUCUGCCGAGAUGACCUCUUCAGCUUCUUCUACCACACUCCUCACUCCCAAAGACCUCGACUCCGGAUUGGGCGUGUGAAUUAAACUUCUCCCAGACCUCGAUCUCUGCCCCCAUCUCGUUUCGCAGAGACCAUGGACAGUCCUCCGAAGCUGUCCGGAGAGACGCUGAUAGUUCAUCACAUCCCUCUUGUGCACUGCCAGGUUUCUGGUUCUCAUGGACGCUACGGGAAUCCACUGAGGAAAAGCAACAACCCGUUCAGCUGCCCAGAAAACCUGGGCCUGAUCCGCACCACCUCGCUUCCCGAGAGAGACGUCCUCCAGCGAGAGGCGCUAGUGUACAGCAGCCUGAUCCAGACCUCCAGCUCCAGCGAUGCUUUUGAAGAUGAAGGGAUAGGAGGAGGUGAAGGAAAAGGAGUGAGAGGAGGAAGCAUGGCGAGCGACACUUCCUCUUUCACGUCCAGCAAUUCUGAAGAUGCCCUUCCUAAAGUCCUGUCGAAGAAGGUGCAGAACAGGCCGAGCUCACUGAGACACAAUCCCUUCCUGCUGAAUGACGGAGAGGACGAUUACCACGAUGAUGAUGAUGAUGACGAUGGAAACAAUCUGAAUGGGUACAUGGAGGAUUCUUCUUUUCACUUACAUGGAAACUCGAAUUCAGCUUUAGACAGUGUGGACUUGGAGCCGUUCCACCUGCAUGAGCUGGGCUACGACUCUGGACCGUUCCACCUGCAUGAAUCUUUAGAGAGACCCUGGAGCUUCGAACAAAAGGGGGCUCCUGUGCGCCAUUUUUCCUCCCGUCUCGAGGGUCUGGAUCUUUUGGGGCUGGAUGUUCAGCAUCGUCACGGCAGCAGCGGGUCCACCCUGUCGAUGGACUGCGGAGAGCAGGAGUGGGACGAUGAUGACGAUGAUCAGUCCAUGCGAGGCGGCCCGGGCGGCUCGGAAUGUUGCGGAUGCUCCCGGACGUAUCCCGAAUCGUUCACAGACUUUGCGCACGGUUACUGCAGCGAUUCGUCCUGCAACAGCUCUGACGGCGUUCUGGUUAACUUCAGUACCAUCUACAACAAGACGAACAACAUCGUCCCCGACAAGCCCAUCAACCUGAACAGCUCCGCCGAUCACUCCUGCACUUCUUCUGCGUCUGAGCCCGUCUGCAUGGGCGGGGCUGAAUAUGGCAGUGGAGGUGGAGCUUUUUACUUGGAUUUGCACAGAUCUCCAACGGAAGCUCCACAGGCAACUACUGACCGUCCGUCUUCCUCUUCCUGCUUGUGCUCUUCUCAGCCGCAAGGUGGCACGGUGGAGCUCGACGCUAACUGCAAUUCUUAUCACAACCAUGAAGGUCUGUUACCCUCUGAGACAUCGGCCAAUGACCUCACUUCCUGCAUGCAGAGCCAGGCACGACUGGUCGUUGCCACCCAGAACUACUACAAGCUGGUAACCUGUGAUGUUUCUUCACAUUCCUCCCCAAGUCCUGCAGGAUCUUCAGUCACAAGCUGCUCUGAUGAACACAGCAAAGGAAGUCCCACCCAGCCCACAGAGUACUUCCUGUUUAGGCACAUUAAAGAGCAAGAAGAGGAGGAAGAGCAGGGACCAAAAGCACAGGUCAAUACACAGAAGCCAUGUGAGAAGACGGAGACAUCAACCAGCAACUCUGAAUCCACACUUUCAAAUGUGAUUGAGGGACAAGUGUACGUUAACGUCUCACCACCUGUGGGCGGAGCUUCGAUUGGGACCCGCCUUCGUUCCCGUAGCUACGACCGAAACCUGGACAAGCCCCCACAGCCUCGUCUGGGCUCUCUGGAGCGGAUGCUGAGCUGCCCUGUGCGUCUCAGUGAGGGCACCACUCCUAGCCCAGCCCCGCCACCACGUGUCACUUCCUUCGCCGAGAUCGCAAAGAAUAAAAGGAAGAACGGCGGAUCUCCUUCUCAGAAAAGUAGUGCUGAAGCCUCUUCUUUUCACUCGCACUCGUCUGGAGAGUUCUCUCCGAUUAUUGAGGAUCUGUCCUCACUGAUAAGUUCCCCCCACUGGAGCACACCACUCAAAGCCUCGCCGGGGGGAGCUGGGAGGGAGACACGGACCACAGCAGAAGGUGGACUGUCCAGUUCUGCAGACUCGUCCCCUGCGGUGGUGCGCUACAGUAAAGACCAGCGUCCCACCUCGUUGCCCAUCCAGCCCUUCACCCUGCAGCAGCAGUUCGGAAAACCCCAGCCGAAGGCCGUCCUCCCCCUGCUGGACGAGUACAUCAAUCACAUGCAGGCUCAUUAUGGCUCCGCCCCGUCCGAGCGGGACGAGGAAGACUCUGAUGAUGAUGGUCAGCGCCCCCGGCCCUCUCCACUGGGCAGUUAUUCACCACCCCGAUCAAUCUCUUGCCCUGCCCCGCUCUCUCAUACCCCACCUGGGGUCGCCCCGACCACCAAGCUCGCCCCUCUACCCCCGACUCCUCCGCCUGCCACCAGGGGGCAUUGUUUUCACCGAGCCAAUCUGAGUACACUACCCACGCUGCCCAGCUCUGGCCUCAUGGCACAGCUGGAACAGGGGGGGCAGGAAGUGGAAGUGAAAGUACUUCCUGUGUGUAUGGCACAGAGAUCACACAACGCACACCACCUCUCCCCACAGGCUCUGAAAUGGAGAGAAUACAGGCGUAAGAACCCUCUGGGUGUGGAAAAGAAGAGAGACAUCUGUUCUUCCUCUCCCUCCUCCUCUUCUUCCUCCUUUCUGUCUGCUUCUGCUGCUUUGAGCGCCAGGAGACGCACAGUGAGACGAAACGUCUUCGAUUUCCCUCCAUCCAAUCACGUGCUGAACAGACUGAACGGUCAGUCAUUGAGGUGUUACAGUGACCUGCUACCAGAUUAUUUCUCCCAGACAGAGCGCCCCCCAGAGGAGUUCUGCCUUUCACCUGAUGCCACGACUGAAGACUCCAUCUCCAUCGACCUGCAUCAGAAGCGAGGUCUGGUGAAGGCCAUAAACACAGCCGUGGAUCUGAUCGUGUCUCAUUUCGGCACCAGUCGUGAUGCAGGAGUAAAGGCGAAGCUGGGGAACAGCUCCGUGAGUCCUAACGUGGCUCACCUGAUACUGAAGUACCUGUGUCCUGCCGUGUGUGACGUGCUGCAGGACGGCCUGAGGGCCUACACUCUGGACAUCAUCAUCGGUCAGCGGCGCAAUCGGCCCUGGAGCGUAGUGGAGGCCUCCACACAGCUGGGUCCCUCUACACGUGUGUUACACAGUCUGUUCCUGAAAGUCAGUCACUACUCAGAACUGACCAAUCACAGCAUGAGACUCAACGCCUUCAUCUUAGGACUGUUAAACUUACAGUCUCUGGAGUUCUGGUUUAAUCACAUAUACACACAUGAAGAUAUCAUAGCAGCCCACUACCACCCAUGGGGUUUCCUUCCCCUUUCUCAAGGGGCGUGUCAGCCAAUGUUUGAGGAGCUGCUGCUCCUGCUUCAGCCGCUCUCACUCCUGCCCUUCGACCUCGACCUUCUGUUUGAACCUCGUCAGCUGCAGAAAGGUCAGGAGCACCUGAGGCGCAAAGAGCAGCUCUGCUCCACCCGCCAGGCCCUCGACCAAUCAUCUCGCUCCACGUUGCAGCUCAUGAGGGGCCAGACAGCGUCUAUACAGCUGAAGGAGGAGGCGGCGUCUAAUGAAAAGGGAUUGGAGCUUCACAGAGGCGAGUUUGUGUUAAGGCGUGAAGAAACCUGGCCACGGAUGGAUGGGGCGGAGUCGAAAAAUCAGUUGCGGAGGGUGAAGAGGAACGACAGGGCGAGUAGUGCAUCGGAGAGCGAAGGACUGGUUUUGCAUGUAGGCAGGAUGAAUGGAGUAGGAGGAGAGGAUGAAGAGAAGGAGAGGAGGAGAGAGAGGGAAAGAGAAAGAGAUGGUGAGAAAGACAGGUUAAAAAGCAAGCAGGCAGGCUGGUGGUUCCAGCUCAUGCAGAGUUCUCAGGUCUACAUCGAAAACUCUGCUGAGGGUUCAAAGUUUGUCAAAUGGGAGAAGCGCAAGAAAGGAAGUGGGACAGAGGGGCGGAGACAAAGCAACCCACCCCCGAGAGUGGGCGUGGUCGAAGGUGCAGAGGCUUCUCCUCCGGUGGUGGAGGAAAAAACAGAAAACGUGGUGUGUAGCACCUCGCGUCCUAACAGCAGCACCGGAACCUUUUCCCAGUCAGAACCACCUAAAGCCAUUAAAGGGAAGCCGUCUUGGAUGGGGAGUCCACCUGAGUCUGUACUGAGUGAGCUAAAAAACACCAAUGAGACACAACCAGAGGUGGAAACGCACACGACGCAGAAUCUACGCUGGGGGAGACUGUUUGGAGCCGGAAACGUCAGCAAAACCGAGAAAACUGAACUCAGAUCAUCCAAGAACCAGAAAAGCAGGUUGCCUUCAGGUUGGCUAAGUCUGGAUCGGUCCAUGUUGGAUUUGGUGGUGCAGUCCGUUGGGAAGAGGGCGGAGCCUCAGGCUAUAAACACCCACAGUGCUGAGACACAACGCAGCCAAACACAACAGCAGGACCAAACACACGAGUCCAGCACACACACAACAGCUGCAUGUGAGGUGAGGGCAUUGUGCCACCACAUCGCCACGGAAACCGGUCACCUCAGCUUCCAUAAGGGGGAUGUAAUGCGGGUCCUGGGCAGAGCGGACUCUGAUUGGCUGUUGUGUGCCCUCGGUGACGCCCAGGGACUGGUACCGAUCAUCUACGUUACUUUAAAUGAUGAGGAGAGUGAAGAUCCUCGAGGGCCACAGUGAACACACACACACACACACACACACACACACAGACAGUCUGGGAUGUGCAUCUUCCCCCAGUUUGCGAUGGUGUGCUUGAGAAGUAACUCCUAGCUGUGAUGAACACACGCUAGUGCUGAUCUUAAACACAUAUGGGUAUUGUUCUAUUUAUUGCCUGCUGUAAGAUUCUUUUGUCAUGCAGAGAAACACAAAGAGAAAAAAGCCAAAUCAACGUGUGUCAUGAAGCUACAGCAAAAAUUACAAGCUCUGUAGACGCUAGAUGCUAAUGCUACCCUUCAUUGUUAGCUGUGUUAGCAUUGCCAGGAUUCCUGCUGACUUGUGGCUGAAACUAUGUAGCGUUUUCUCUCUCUCUCUCUCUCUCUCUCUCUCUCUCUGAUCUUUAUUAUGGUAUUAUAACAGGUUUUUUUAACGUAUGUUAAGACACAAGCAGCUUGAUCUCAUGGAGAUGUUGCUCCCUACACGUUAUAAAGACACGUGUAACUAUAGAGUCUGAUACGGUGUACAUAAAGCUGACAGAAGCAGUCAUGAAGGGGUUAUAACUCGGGCCAGAGCGAUAUGAACACUAACACUGUAAUAAUAUCAGCUGGGAACAACCUUCUCACUACAUGUAACAUCUGAGCUUCACUCUGACUGUCACCAUAGAUUUAGAUUGGAUAUGAAGAGCAUAAACAUGCACUUAUGUGUCCAAUCAUCUAUAUUCAUUCUGUUCAUGUGUUCAAUUAGAAAUAAAAAAGUCCUACCAAAGCGUAUGAAGAUUCAGAGUGUAGAAUAAACCCUGUAGCUCUGGUCCAGUCAGAUGCCUCCAGCUGAAGAGAUGAUCUCAUGAUUAAUGAUUGGAUAAACUAAAGCAGGACAGAUGUUCUGAGACUACGCCACUCUAUCGCUCUGGUGCUGGUUAAACCCUACAGCGCAGCUCCAGUGUACAGAUUAGCACACGCUUUACUUCAUCUGCAUGGUAAUGGGACGAUGCUCUAAACAGGUCCUGAUGUGUUCUGCUAGAUCACGGCUCUUUAGGUUACAUUUAGCUCCUGCGGUGACGUCUCUCAGACUUACGGCAGCGUGUUUCAUUGAAGGGUUUAUUUUAUUCCGCGACAGCAGCUAACUACCAAACUACUGCGCUAUUUAUGUUCACUGCAGUGACCGCCUCUCAUAGGAAUGCUAGCUUCAGCAGAUAAGCACCAUGUCUUUUUAAAAACCUGUUCCCAUGUCAUGUGGAGAUAUGUGACGUUUCUGUGAGCAGUAUAUCUAAAGUUGAGGGAGAUUUUUAGCCAAUGAGACGUCAGGGGCGGAGCUUUUGGACUCUGUAUAGCGUUACAAUGUUAGUAACUGCACCGCCUGUAUUACUGAACACAGAUGAAGGAGAACAUAGACACUUCUACUGAGACACACCAGUGAACUUCCUGCUGUUCUGACCAAUCAGAACGCUGUACAGCAGGACCGAGGGCGGGGUCAGGGAAUUUCUUGCAUGUCAGACUAUUGACUCAAGUUUAACACUAAACUGGAAUGUGUCUCGUAUUCAGCCAAACUACACUUCUUCAUCUGACACCACCUCCCCCUGGAGGAGGGGGAGGAGGAAACUGGCACUAGCUUGAGCUUUGCUGUUCACAUUAGCUGCUUAACGAACAUCAGGAGUUUGUUUAUUUUCAGUCAUUAUUCCUAAUGCGUUUUAGCGAGGCGUGUGCCGAUAUUCAGGGGCGCGAUAUAUCGCAAUAUUCCACGUGAACUUUCGGGAACAGAGAUGUUCCGUGUCCGUCCUAAUAACGAGCCCAGGACAAGACGCGUCUUUCUGGAAGACAAUCCCGUAAUUCUGUCCAGUGGACUACAGUUUCAUAAGAGACCUCAAGUCCAGAAUUCGUGGUCACGAUGCUCGUAAACGUGUCAUUGUCUUUAAACCCUUCAUUAUAAAUGAAAUAUCGGCUCUCAUCCCGGGAUUCUGAAAAUUGACUAACUUACUAAUAGACAAGUGUGGUUGUGUUUAUUGUAUGUGAGGCAUCAUGGGAAUGUAUUUAUUUAUCAUUAACAUGUACUUUAUGUUCUGGCUGUAAGGCACCACUUUAACACCUCAUGAGAUCAGACCCGUCUGUGACUGAUAAAACAGAAACCAGUCACGAGCAUGUAGGAGACAUGGUUUAGGUGCACGUUACACAGGAGGCAUUCAUCUGAGGAACACAGCAUUUUAAAUCCACACCAUGUUCACACAUCAAGUUAUUACUGAACUCAGAGCAGAGAAUCUGUUCUAUUGUACAAUGUGUUUUAUUACACACCUCUAAUUACACAAUAUUGUGUACUCUACACAUAUCAGGCCAUUAUUAUGAUACAAAGUUGUAAUUUCAGGACAUGCCUCCAUAACAUGCUCCAUAACUCCAUGUCCUUACAGCCUCUUUCUGUUGUUUUUUUUUAUUUUAACCAGAACCAGACCUUUAAACGAGACACGUGACGGCGUGUGUGUGAAACGUCUCGUCGCUCUGGCGUGUUUAUUCAGCGUUAUAUUGCACACUAAUUUAUUUCCACCUUCACUUGUCUGUAAGUGAACCUGACUUGUAAAGAGAAUAAUCUUAAUACUGAAUGAUAUUGAUUUGUUUUUUACAGAUUACGACAACACUUUUUUUGUUGACCAUGUCACGUUAUCAUUUUUUUCUUAAAGUUUUAUCAUUUGAUAUUAUUUUCUAAUACAGAAAAUGCAUUUUAUUCAUGAAUUCAGUCACACUUGUAAAUAUGUGACGUUUUGGAAAGACGAUGCUCGUGUUAUUUGAAAUGGUCAUUAACGGAUGUUACUCGAUGUAAUUAACAUGUGAUGAUAACACGUCUAUUUCUAUGGGCUGUACAGAAUAGUGCUGUUCUACAGGAUGCUAUUAGAGGAAAUGUUCUAGAGUUUAGUUUCGCUUUGCAUUAUGUUUCUCACCUUCACUCUUCUCUGUCACCCAGACACACUCUCACACAGAGAGAGAGAGAGAGAGAGAGAGAGAGAGAGAGAGAUUAAGACUAGUGCCUUUGUAUCACAGUGACACUAAUUUCAGACUUCAGGGCAGUAAAUGUAUUGUAGGGAAGAGAUGUAAAAGUCUUGUGUCGUACCAAAGCAGGAUUGAAAUUUGAACUCCUAGUAAAUGUACUUUUCAGAAAGCUGUAAAGUAAAUACUUUUUCUAUAUUGUUUUGCUAAACUAUCUUAAGUGCGAUUUCGAUUUUUGAGUCCUUAAUAAUAAAAGCGGCUCCACCUCAGGUCUGAGAGCAGUUCUGAACCUGAGACUGGUUUUAGUCCAGAGCAGGCUGAUCCCUGAGUCCACAUUUACACUCUUACAGCUUUACUUUACUAUUAGUUCCCAGUUUAGAACUAAUUUAAUAUUGGACAAACUCCAGAUGUCACAGACAAGUGUGUACACAGACCACAGAACCUGACAAUCCCAAAGAUCUGCAUGAAGUAACAGCCAUCAUCGUUAGAUCAUCAGUCAAAAACCCCAAAACUACUUAACUCUGGUCAGUUCCACGCCUCCAAACACGUUCACGAGGUUCCACAAGGCUGAUGUUUGUCUGCUGUUAGAGACCUGAGGACCAAACCUGAACAGUCAGAUGAAGAUCUAAAGCCCAAAUAGAAAGCAAUAUAUUGUCACACUGAGAUAAUAAUAAUAAUAAUAAUAAUAUAAAACAAAACUAAAUACAAAUGAAAUUUAGUAGACGAAUGAGACUGAAGAAGAAAGUGAAAGGAAGUGGUUUUGUAGCUCAUCAGAUCAGGGUUAGUGAGUGAAGCUUGUUUUCUCUCUCUGUUCCCCUUGUUUUCUCUCUUAGCUCUGUCCCUGUUCCUCACACGGGGUUAAACCUGUUCCAAACAUGCUGUACAGUAGAACACGAGGGAAGUGUAGAACAUUUUGAUGACAGUAAACAUGUGGAGGUGUUGAUUGUUAGAGAAGAAGUACCUUAAAGGCCUGAUGUAAGGAACGGAGCUCCUCCUUUCCCCUCGUCCUUCUGUACCAUGUGUAUGACCUCACCAACCAUGUAUGGAGAUCAAUAACAAAGUGCUCAUGUGAACGAC